AUCAUUUAAAUGCCAAAAAUGCACGUUUGUUCUAUGGUUUGUUGUGAAAUAUUUACAUUUGUAGUGCCGUAAAAUAUUUUCUAUCGAUGGCAACAGCUUGUGAAGACGAGGACGAGGUCCCUCCUUUAGAAGACCUUUCAGAGGUCAUAGAUCAAAUACAGUCCAUGCAGUGUGUAGAUAAGAUCACAAAUGACAAACCACCAUCGCCAGAAUUAAGUGAGGUACCACAAAAACAACCUACGAAAACCAGUAAACCCCAGACAUUUGGUGGUUUCCAGAAAGGAUUUCUUAACAAGAAAACCAAACCGAAAUUUCCUAAACCUGAAUCAAGCAAUCCAAUAUCGGCAAAAGAGGCACAAAUACCUACCAUAUGUCCAAAACAAGAGGAAUCGAAUAGUCUUGUGUUCCCGGAUGUACAGAAAGCAAUGGAUACUUCAUUUUUGCAAAAUAAAGACUGGGUAACAGACGACCUUCUCAAGAAGCUAGAGGGAAGACCUGAUUUACUAAAGAAACUUGCCGACCCAAGAUACUCCCAAGCUUUGAGUCUUUUCAGGCAGAAUCCGGAGGAGGGUUUGAAGCUAAUUCAAGGCAGUCAAGAACUACAGUCAUUUAUUAAAGAUUUUUGUGCUAUCCUAGGGGAACACUUUACAGGAAUGGCAGAGCAAACCUCAGAGCAAGUGAAUUCAUCAGAAGUUGAUGGCAAGGCCACAACAGCUUCGCAGGAAGAUAAGGAAAAGAUGAGUAAGAUCUUAUCAGAUCCUGCAACACUGGAAGUUCUCAAAGAUCCAUGGGUUAGUAAACUUAUAAAGAACUUAAAGGAAAAUCCUCCAGAAGCAAGAAGAAUGUUGGCAACAAGUAAACCAGAAGUUCUGCCAAAGAUAAAGAAACUAAUUGAUGCUGGAAUUUUAAGUUAUGGAUGACCCUAGAUGUACAUAAAGUAUAUAUCAAAUUAGAUUUAUGAAUUAGAUUUAUGUAUAGAAUUUGUUAUGAUUUACAAAAAAAUUGAUGUGACAUUAAUUUAUUACAAAUUAUGUUUUCAUUGCUGAA